CCUCCACUCACAAUGAGAAGGAUGGUGCCUUGGCCCAGAUUUGUAGAUGCACGCCCGCAGCCUGUAGCAGGGCAACCAGAUCUCAGAGACAACAAGGGCUCAGAGGAGCAGAGAGUCCACACAGCCUGCCUGCUGUCUGAGGAGCCAGGCCUAACACAGCCUGCCUGCUGUCUGAGGAGCCAGGCCUUACCGUUUGGUUUUUCUCCCCCACAAAGAUGCGCUCUGUCUAAACUGUGUGGCUGGUGGCUGUUACCCGACUGCUGUGUGAGAGGGAGUAUAGUUCAUAAAAGACCCUAUGUUCCCAGUCUCCUUCAGUUUGCUGUUUAGCUCUGGAAACCCUGAAGUGUGACCAGUUCUCAGCCUUCAAAACUGAGAUGAACUGCCCUUGAGAGAGAGAGCCAUCAGGGAAACAUGUUCACCCUCUCUCUCCUGAGCCGAGGACAUGGGAAGUUGGUCCAGAAAAAACAAAAGCUGGAAGUCUAUUUUGAACCAGAGGACUAUUUGAACUGGAAGUCCCCGGAAGACUGCGUCCUGGUAAGCAAGGCCCAGGAUGGGGACAGUGCCAGCCAGAACCCCUGGAGCCUCCUUCUUCCUAAGACCUUCAGCACAAGAAAGGGGGCACUGAUCCUCUACUCAGAAGGGCUAGCCUUGUCCACAUGGCCACCCAGAGAGACGAGGGGAGAUCACAGGAAGAAGCCGGACCUUGAACUGCGCACGCUCCAAGACCUCAGAGAAGCCAUCUUGGCAUACGGAAGGAGAAAGACAAAGCAGGACAGAGCCUGGCAACCUUACCUCUACUUCCGAAGCAAGCCAGAGAGCCAGACCCAACGGCGGAUCCAGCCCGGCUAUUCGGCCAAGAGAUACCUCCGAGGCCUUCUGUGGACAUGGCCCCCCGACACCAUGUACAGGCUGCAGUGUGCAGGACACAUCAAGGAUUCUGUGUUGCUCCAGGACAGUCAGCUUGGAAUGCCCAAGAAUCUCAGGCCACAGCAGGAUCUUUCAGGUGUACCCCCAAAAUACCACCUCCUGCCUGUCAUCCCUUCAUUUUGGAUUCAACAGAGACCAUCUUAUGAACAAGGUCAGCAGGGCCUGGAUGAAGGGGAAGAUGGUGCAAUCACAGACCAGGGCUCUGCAGCUGCCCAGACCCACCGCCAUCAGGGGCCUCACCUGAUGUCCCUCAGGAAGCAACCACGGCGGGAAGAUGGAACCCGGGCCGAGGAUGCAUUGGUGGAGAGCCACGUCCAUGUCCACGCUUCAGAGGAAAGUCACAAUGGAAAGACACAGCGCGCUUCCUGGAAGGCCCUUGGGCGUGCCCGAAUCGGCUACCCUCAGCCUUCUAGUGACAAGCCCCUCUUCACGUUCUACUGUGGAGCUUUCCCAGAAGACACACCCAGAGUCCUCAAGCCCCCGAGGAGCCGAUUUAAAGGCCGUGAACCCCCACUGGAGCUCGUCGUCAUCCCGAUGGAGAUUCGGCUCCACGUCCCACAGCCCCCAAGAGAAAAGGCCUGCAGAAGAGGUGCUCAGCUCCCAGAGUCGGAACCAGAAGAAGCCAUGCCUUUGUGGCGCCCUCUCCGGAAGCGUUUGUUCUUAGAAAAGCCAAGGGGGAUAAAGGUGCAUCCCUCAGGGGACAGCGGCCAGGACACGCCCUCCCCUCAAGGUAUGGUGGCGCAUACCUUUAAAGCCAGCACUUGGGUAGCAGAACCAGGUAGGUACAUCUCUCAGGCCUGGGAAAGAGAAAUGAAGCUGAAAACAAAUCGAUCCAUCAUUCUAAACACAGUGGCUGUUUACGAAGCCAGAAAAGCACGCUCUGGUCUUCCCGAUUCGAGCGUAUUCCAUUCAUGGUUUUCCCAUUUUGCUUUAGAAAGUGGUGAUAUCCUGGCCCAGAGCAUAAACCCAUCACCGGGUCUCCUACCACCGAUUAAAAGAAAGAAAAGCCCCAAGAUCCAGAGGGAAUUGGGCAGCAUCAGGACACCAGGCUGCAACAGUCCCAUGGGUCGCCAAAAUGAAAGGACACCGCCCGCAGGACCAGAAAACACUGGAUCCAGAACCAGCCUUCACGGAAAUCUUUAUGAGGGCUCCUCUCCUUUGACCGCAGCAGCUAAGCACCAGGGAGCCCCGCAGUCCUUGGAGGCAGCAGCUCAGAAGACGGGAGAGCCUCAAAGUUGUAUAAAUAAAGGGCUGAUAUGUUCAAACGGAAAAGAAUUUUACACACGCAAGCUGCACAUCGACAUGAUGCCGUUCCUGAAGCAUGGAACUCCGCCCUGGUCCAUGGCCCCUGUUCCACAGCUGAAGGCCUUCCCCAGCCCCUUCUUUGUCCUCUUCUGGGAACCUGAAACUGACUCUUGUGAGGAACCAGGAGGACCCUAUGGAGAAAAUGACGAAGACGGACAAGACCCAGAGCCAAGGACCGUGACCUUUGACCCCGCCGGUUCUUCCCUGGCUGAGUACAACCAGACCUCUGAGGCUGACAUCUUGAAAAGCAGGGACAGAGAUCACAAAGUGUACCAACCGCGUAGAGGACGUGUAGAACAUGAGCCUGCAUCCCCAAAGAAGUUGGGUUCUGAGCCUACAUCUCUUCUCCCAAGAAAAAAUAAGAAAACGGGACAAGCAAAACUGUCCAGCCAGCAGACCCCAGCGGCUACCAGUCACGGAAGGAAGUUGGUUGACAAGGCUAAGAGGAAGAAAAGAACCAAGACAGACAAGGGCAAAGCAUCCAAGAGAGAGAGAGAAGGAAAGGCCCUGGGGCAAGCAGAGGCCGUCCGAGGGAAGUCAAGGGAUCCGAAAACUGAAAAGAAAGCAGAGCUAACUCCAAAAGAAAAGAAACCAGGAACCAAAACAAAAAAGACACAUAAGAAAAGGAACAAGAAGAAAGCAGCAGAGCUGAGGCAGCUGGAUGUCACUAACUUCGAGGAAGUGGGUGGCAACUCAGAGAGAGGGCUCUUCUACUCACUCUCUGCCACUGAAGACUCCUCGCUUUGCCCAGAAUCUGAUGUGCUGGAGAGCCAGGUUUCUAUAGAUGGAAGAUUAUCACCCGUGCAGGCCACAGGUGUCACUAGCAACAUGAAACCUGAAGAAGAGAGAAGCCCUGAAGACCCUUCCCAGGCCCUCCUGGAGAAGAGGCAGCAGAAGGCUUCUCGGGACAGAGUUCGAACAGAGAGGGCAGAGAUGAGGUGGCUGGAGGUGGAGCGGAGAAGAAGGGAGCAGGAGGAGCUGAGCCGACUCCAUCAGAAGCAGCUGGAGAGAGCAGAGAAGAUGAAGGAGCAGCUGGAGCUAGAGCAGCUGAGGCGCGCUGAGGAGAUCCGCCUGAGAAAGCAGAGGCUGGAGGAAGAGCGGCAGCAGCAGGAGGAAGCAGAGAGGAAGCGCAGGCUCCAGCUGCAGGCAGCCCGGGAGAGAGCUCGGCAGCAGCAAGAGGAGCUCCGGAGGAAACUGCUAGAAUUGCAGAGAAAAAAGCAGCAGGAGGAGGUGGAGAGGGCUGAGGCGGAGAAGCAAAGGCAGAAGAAGGAACUAGAACUGCAGUUAGCAGAAGAACAGAAGCGCCUGAUGGAAAUGGCUGAAGAAGAGCUGCUGGAGUACCAGCGGCAGAAACAAGAAGCGGAAGAGAAGUCGAGGCGGGAGGCUGAGGAGAGGAGGCGGCGGGAAGAGGAAGCAGCAAGGCUGGCUCUGGAGGAAGCCACGAAACUAGCUGAGGAACAAACCAGGCAAAAAGCUGCUUUGGAGAAACACCUUCAUUUUCAAGAACUCUUUAAGGAAGCCAGUGGCCUGCAGUGGACACAGAACGUUUCCAGAGCAUGGGUCUACUCGUAUUUCCAGUUCCUACAAACCCCCAAGCCCUAAGGCUAGAAGCAGAGUAAGUUGCAAAAUGGUGAGAGAAAAAGCUACACUUUUAUAAUAAAGCUCCAGCCUGAGUCCGCUAGUUCCUUUUCAUUUGGCUUACCUCAGCCCAUACCUAGGACUUUCUUUACCCUGGAAGCUCUCUCCCAGCAUUCCUACA